ACUCUAAAAACCUAUAGUUUACUUUCAAUCAGAUUCAGCCACACUUGAUGCUAUAUGAAAAUAUGACAAUUCCCCACUUUAGGCAUGAGACGCGCAUCUCACGGAGCCGAUCAAUCUAGUCGACAGGAAGAGACUCCUCUUUUUUCCAGAAAGGAAUUCUGAAUGUUUUUAUAUUUAUUCAGACAAUUUUAGUUAUCUUAUUGCAGUUAUAACAAAACAAAACAAAAGCGUUGGAGAAAACACAUUUUAUUUCAGGCCCAUUAAAGGCCCCCCUCCCCACUUGGGCCCUAGGUAGUCAGUCCCACUGUCCUCCCCCCACUACAACGCACCCGCAUGUGUGCAAUACAACAUUAAAUUUGAGGAAACAUCUGAAUAAGAGAAAUAAAAUCUCAAACUAUAAGAAAUACAAUCAGUCAUCAUAAUGCAUGUUUUUCAGUAACUUUUUCUGUUCUUAUGAGUGCGUCUGUAUCAAUUGUGUUGGCUCUCUUAACCCUCUCACCCUGUACAAAUUGCAUCUGCAUGUAUUAAGUGUAACUAAAGGUAUAGGUACUCUAAGAUGUCAGGGUAAUUAGCUGAAGUAACAGUAAUAACAGGAAUUAACUGCAUGUAACAGUAAUUAAAUGAAGUGUUUUUUGUAGUAAAUGUUGUCUGUCACGCUGUCUUCCAUUUCUGUGAUUGGUUGGUUUGUUGCUAGGCAGCGCAGCAUCCAUUCAUCUCGGCUGUGCUCGGCUUCACCAACUCAUUCACAUCCAGCGCCAGCGUGAAGACGACAGCUAAAGGGUGGACAAGACAUUCUCCAAGGCCCGGAGUGUGUGGAAACAAGAUGGGAGUGACCCCCGGAUUUCUGCAGCACUAGAGCCCCAGCUGUUCCAGCCGACACUCUCAUACAGCAGCUCUCCAUUCCACAAGACUCCAGGUUUAUUUGAAAUGAUUGAAAGGAUGCAGGGUAACAGGAUGGACGAGCAGAGAUGCACCUUUCCUCCUCCAUUAAAGACUGAGGAGGACUACAUCCCAUACCCCAGUGUACAUGAGGUGUUGGGAAGGAAAAGCCCCUUCCCUCUCAUCCUCCUGCCUCAGUUUGGGGGUUUCUGGAUUGAAGGGACGAAUCAUGAGCUGAGUGACACAGUGGACACAGAACAGCUGCAGCCGCUGUCCUCAAACUCACGCACCAAACUGGAAUGUAACACGACAGCUACCAUCUACCGGAAAGACUUCCUGGGCAAGGAACACUUUAAUUACUAUUCAGUGGACAGCGCCCUCGGACAUCUGGUGUUCUCUAUUAAAUACGAUGUGAUUGGUGACCAAGAACAUCUCCGACUCAUGCUCAGGAACAAGCUGAAAACCUACCACGAUGUGAUCCCCAUCUCCUGCCUGACUGAGUUUCCUAAUGUGGUCCAAAUGGCCAAGCUCGUCUGUGAGGAGGUCAAUGUGGACCGCUUUUUUCCUGUCCUUUACCCAAAAGCUUCAAGACUAAUCGUCACGUUUGAUGAACAUGUGAUAAGCAACAAUUUCAAGUUCGGGGUCAUUUACCAAAAGUUUGGACAGACAUCAGAAGAAGAGCUGUUUGGCAACAGCGACGAGAGUCCAGCCUUUGUAGAGUUCCUGGAGUUUCUUGGAGAGAAGAUUGAGCUGCACAACUUUAAAGGUUUCCGUGGAGGGCUAGACGUGACUCAUGGGCAGACGGGCACCGAAUCCUUCUACUGCAACUACCGCAACAAAGAGGUCAUGUUCCAUGUGUCCACAAUGCUGCCUUACACAGAAGGGGACACACAGCAGUUGCAGAGAAAGAGACACAUAGGAAAUGACAUUGUCGCCAUCGUUUUCCAAGAAGAAAAUACUCCCUUUGUACCGGACAUGAUCGCCUCUAACUUUCUUCACGCCUACGUCGUGGUCCAAGUGGUCAACCCCUGCUCUGACAAUGUCCUCUACAGGGUGUCGGUAACAGCACGGGAUGACGUACCUUUCUUUGGCCCAGCCCUCCCGAACCCUGCUGUUUUCCAUAAAGGCCCUGAAUUCCAUGAAUUCCUUUUUACUAAGCUCAUCAAUGCAGAGUAUGCCUGCUACAAAGCUGAGAAAUUUGCCAAAUUAGAGGAGCGAACGCGCUCAGCCUUGUUAGAGACCCUGUAUGAGGAGAUCCAUGUGAACAGCCAGGCCAUGAUGGGUGUCGGAGGAGAGGACGACAAACUGGAGAACGGAAGCGGAGGAGGAGGGGGCUUCUUUGAGUCCUUCAAGCGAGUGAUCCGCAGCAGGAGCCAGUCUAUGGAUGCCAUGGGUCUAGCUUUCAAGAAGCCGCACACAGUCUCCACUAGCAUCAGCAGCAGCUUUAACCACGAACCCGCAGACAGCCCCAAAUUCCCUGGGAUAUCACUGCUUGUCCCAGGCAAAAGUCCCAGUAAAUAUGGACGUCGAGGCAGUGCCAUAGGGAUAGGAACCGUAGAAGAGUCUUUGAUAAUCCCAGGAAAGAGCCCAACCAGGAAAAAGUCUGGUCCUUUCAGCUCCAGGAGAAGCAGUGCCAUCGGUAUCGAAAACAUCAUAGAAGUCCAAGAGAAGAGCAGAGAGAGCUCCCCAAACACCCAGAAGACACCGGACAGCGGCCACGUCUCUCAAGACCCAAAGUCAGAAGACUCGUCCAAUCACAGCUCUCCUGAGGUGCUCACAACCACCAAACACAGUUCUAUUCUCAGCGGCAGGGCGCCGUCCAUCCCUGAGGGUCACGACCUCUCCCGCUCCUCGUCCAACGCCAGCAGCUUCGCCAGCGUAGUGGAAGAGAACGAGACAGAGGCCACAGAGGACUACGACACGGGCAUGGAGAGUCUGUCGUCGGCCGGGACGCCACACAAGCGGGACUCCCUCACAUACAGCACAUGGCUGGAGGACAGCACCAGCACCACCAGUAACACCAGUCGCUGCAGCUCACCAGGGCCUGCUAAACCUGAGCGAGGGAAGGGCACCGACAUCCGCAUCAAACUGGAACGACCACAGGACCGUCAGUCCUCAUCGAACUGUUAGCUCUCCACACCUGGUUGUAUCCUGGAUCACCAUCUUCAGCAUUCCCAUAAAGUCACAAUCCCUCUGGGAGAUGAGACAAGUGCAGGUGUUCGCCACGUUCAGUGAUGGAAGGACAAUGAUGAAGGAGACGAGAAAGAUGAAGGAGAUGAGACAGAGGAGAAAAAGCAGGUAGAGCCUGGCCGGUGUGCUGCUCAGUGAAGUCCACAGCGCAGCGUUUCCAGAAAUCUGGAGGACUCUGGAUGGAGAGGACGACGCACAAAGAGGGGCCAGCUUUUUGCACAGUGUUGUUUCCUUUCACACUUUUCUUUUGCCUGUUCACACAUCUGUUGCCUGGUCGUAUGUUUCUUGCCACAUCUCUUCUUUUGAAAGAGCACGUUUGUAUCUACAGAUUUAAUAGUUUUAUUUGUUAAAGAUGUAACUUUGGUUUAGUUUGUCAUACUGAAGUCUGGGUCUGCUGAUGAAGACAGCGCCAUCAAGCUCUUUGUGGGGGUUGAGAGAGACUUCCACUGAGACAUUGAGGAGAUAGUAACCUGGAGGGUUUACCAAAUUAAAGACAGAUCUUUAAUGUUGACAUGAAACCAAAUAUCCACCACAGAGAGUGGACGUUACUUACAAAACUCCUGAUUUGAUUCGAACUUGAUUUAUUGGAUGCUUAAAUGUAAUUUGAGGUAAAGUCCAAAAAAGGAGGACUGUAUAUUUCUACAAGAAAAGCAUUCUAUUCUUUACAUUUUCACCAUCUUCUCCAUAAGAUUCGAGGGGACACAGUGAAGAGGGCGCUGUUUUGUAGAAAAAGAUGAAAUGGCCUUAAACUUAGAUGCAUUUCUUUGCCCCUCAGAUUUAUUUUACCUCACUUUUUUACUCAGAUGAUAAUGGGAUUGCUGUAUUUAAAAACAUUCAAACAAAUCUACUCACAAUCACUUUUUUUAAGCACACAACAUUCUUCAAGAAUCAUGGCGCAAAGCAUUUAUUCCUCAGCACUAUGUGUGUAGUCUGUUGAUGUUUGGAUAUCUUCCUCCACGACUGAUUUGACUGCUCCAUGUCUCGUCUGUCAGUGAAGAGUCCAGUCUUUGCUUUCUUCCUCUGAAGUAUACAUCUUUAUUUAUUGAUUUGUUUCCUGUUGAAGUGGCAUCUAUGGUGUAAAUCUGUUCUACUGUACCUCUAUGGUGACUGCACUACACUACACGUCCUGUCACAUGCUCUUACUGUUGCUUUGGAGUAAAUUAUGUUGUCAACUGUGAAGCUCUGUCUUUUUCAAGGUUCAGAUCUCGUUCAUUGCAGCACAUUUGAUGCAGUUAUGAUAAAAUUGUGAAUAUUUAUUUGCUUUUGCUUCAAAUAGCUCAAGAUACAACUACUGAUUUUGUAAAGAUGAAUAUAUUUAGUUGGAGUUUAUUGUGCAUAAUGUAUAGGUCAUUGAUUUAAAAUGGGAUUAACCAACACCUGGAGAUUACUGCCAAGUUAACAGUUUAUUGUUUUAUUUCCUGUACCCUUUGAAAUAUCAUUCUUAGAAGGAUUAUUUUCUGUAGAAGUUUAUUUUACAUUUUUCAGACUGUUCUUUCAAAGGGAAAUCUCACAGUACAUCCUGCUGAUCAUUUCAGUUGCCUUAUUAUCACAAAAAAUGAUGUUGUAUAGUAAUGAUAGUGAAGCAAAUAGUUAUUAGCCAGCAGGAUUUACAAUGACAUGAAUGUUUUGUUGUUGUUGUUUUUAUUGUAAAUAAAUGCCCUGAGAAUUUA